AUGCUAGGAUUGACCGAAUACACUGAUCCUACAACCCGAGGCUCUUACCGUAAACACCCAAUCCCUGUCACCAAUGCAAAUCCUUACGCAGACUCACCCUUGCUGCCGGUGAAACACGAGAUCAAGGGCACAGAUAGCAACGUGAGCCGUUUCGUUAAUGUUUGCUUGUUAGAGAGACUGGAAGAAGGCACUCAGAGCGUGAUCCUUUUCAAGGAUGUGAAGGUGCUCGACUCGACUGGACGGGAGCCGUUCCCGGGCGAUGUCCUGAUCAGAGGAGAGCGGAUUGUCAAGGUCUCGGCCAAGAUCAACGAAGACAAAAUCAAGGGCACAGAUAGCAACGUGAGCCGUUUCGUUAAUGUUUGCUUGUUAGAGAGACUGGAAGAAGGCACUCAGAGCGUGAUCCUUUUCAAGGAUGUGAAGGUGCUCGACUCGACUGGACGGGAGCCGUUCCCGGGCGAUGUCCUGAUCAGAGGAGAGCGGAUUGUCAAGGUCUCGGCCAAGAUCAACGAAGACAAAGUGAAGGAAACUGAUCCUCAGGUUCACAUUAUCGAGGGAAAAGGUCGCACGCUGAUGAGCGGACUAUGUGAUGCGCAUACCCAUCUGUCAUGGAACAAUUCUCCAGAUCUGGAAGGAUUAGGACAUCUUCCUCCAGAGGAGCACACGAUCUUUGCCAUUCGAGCCGCUCGUACCUACCUGGAUUACGGUUAUACGAUGUGUUUUGGUGCUGCAUCCGCUAGAGCUCGUCUGGACUGUGUGUUGCGCGAUGCCAUCAAUGCUGGUGAUAUCGCCGGACCAAGGUACCUGGCCAACGAGCAGGAAAUUGCUCGGCGAGAUGGUGCACUGAUCGAAUCGAUAUCGUCUUUCGCUGAUGGACCUGAAGAAAUGAGAAUCGCUGUUUUGAAAGCCGUUGCAUUGGGAGCCGACCAAGUGAAGCUGUCCAUGUCCGGAGAAUCGCUUACGGAAAAAAUCAUGUCAGAUGAGAAUUUCUUCACUGAUGAAGAGACAAAAGCCGCAUGCGAGGCCGCUCACGAGCAGGGUAAAGGUGUUUGCUCACAUGCCAGGAGCAUGAAUUCGGUGAAGAUGAGCGCUCGCUGGGGCGUGGACGUCAUCUAUCAUGCCAGCUUUACGAUGAAGAGACGCUGGACUUUCUCGAAUCAAAGAAGGACCGUGAUCACAGAGCUACUGACUUCCGCGUCCGACUACGGUUGUACACCAGAGCAUGCAAUUGAGGUGACACAUUUGCCUUCAGAUCGAGAGCGCGCGUUCAUGGCGAAUCAGAUCGGGUACAAGGAUGAGCUUGACGAAGCCAUUAAAUCCAUGAAAGCGAUGAAAGCCCGGGGCACCAAGAUUCUUCCUGGGGGUGACUACGGAGACCUCGAAGACUUCGUGAACUUGUUCGGAUAUACUCCGAUGGAAGCGAUCAUUGCGGCCACUGCUCUCGGAGGCGACUUGUUCAUGCGGCCUCACGAGUUGGGCAAGGUGCUUCCUGGCUAUUACGCCGACUUGAUCGUACGUGUACUGUAUUCUGCAACGCAUAUGGGCCUCAACGACAAUGUCAUACCAGUUGGUUGA